CGAAAAAAGCGCAGCGUUUCAGUAAUAUAUAUUGACACCUGGCUGUUGAGACUUUAUGUUAGAAGUCAUUUUCACCACAGGCACGUGCAUGGAAUGUGGGUUAAGCGACACAGCUUUUACAUGUAUUCACAUGCAGAAAACCAACAGAUGAUCUUUAGCUGUGUAUAGCUGCCUUACCACAGUAACCUUGGCAACCAAUACCAAAAUGGAAGUUUGGAUCAUCUCUUGUUUUAUCCUAGGCUUUGUAAUAAGUACCCCUUUUAUACACUGCUCGGAAGUUGAGAGGACACACACAGAUUUUGUACUGAUUGGAGCAACAGGAGAUUUGGCCAAGAAGUAUUUAUGGCAAAGUAUGUUUCAGCUCUAUUUUAAUCAUGCCAGUGAGAAUGUCGCGUUUAAAUUCUUCGGGUGUGGACGUUCAAACUUUGAAGAGGGCACAAGUUUAAUGGACAAUAUUUUACAAAAACAUGUCAAUUGCGAUUUCAAAUCACGUAGUGAUGAAUGUGAAAAAGCAAAAAUAAGUUUCUCAAAAGCUGUUAGAUAUUUCCCUCUUCAGACUGACUUAGAUUUUGAAAACCUUGGACUUCUUCUUGACAUCGAAGGAAGCAACGAAGGUGUAAAGAGGGGUCGAAUUAUGUACAUGGCUAUUCCACCUAGUGCUUAUGGGUCUAUGUCAGAAAAGGUAUGGAAGUGUUGCUAUAGCAGAUCAUCAACGUCUUGGAAUCGGCUUGUCCUGGAGAAGCCAUUUGGGAGCGACCACAACUCCGCUGUAAAGAUGGCAGAACAGAUUGCUAAAUACUACAAGGAAGAAGAGAUAUACAGAGUCGACCAUUAUCUAGGGAAGUCUGUUGUGAAACAAAUACUUCCAUUCAGACACGCCAACCAAGAUAUUCUAGAACCACUGUUGACCAGUGGACAUGUGGCACGAGUAGAAGUGGUCAUGAAAGAAAACAUUGGUGUCCAAGUAAAAUUGACUAUCUAUGAUCUUCUAUACGGAAUAAUUAGGGAUGUCAUGCAAAACCAUUUGAUGGAAUUACUUGCUCUUGUUGCUAUGGAGCUACCAGUGGAAAUUACGAACACACAGCAGAUUGAUAAAUCUAGGUUACGAUUGCUGUCACAGAUACGCCCUGUAAACAGGAAGUAUCUUUUGACUGGCCAAUAUGAUGACUAUAUGAUGCAGGCACAGACAGAAAAAGAUAAUGUGACAAUGUCCAAAUUCACACCUACCUUUGGCGCUGCCCGUGUUGAGAUAAGGAACCGACGCUGGAGUGAUGUCCCCUUCCUUUUGGUUUCUGGAAAAUAUCUAGAUGAACGUUCAAGCUUUAUUCGAAUAGUUUUCAAAGAAAAUGAUUUCUGUAUAGCUGGAUGUCAACAUCAUAAUGGCAGUCACUGGAAAGGACAAAAACAAAUCAUUUUCCAAAUUGGUCAUGGUAACUUACCAUCAGCAGGUAUAUUGGUUUCCAAGGAUCUCUUUAACCCGGUUGUGCCCUCGUCUCUGAAGGACCUGCCUAUAACUGCGGAUGAUAUUGCAAUGUAUGGUCAAAAUUUAAAUGAUUUCACCUUCCUGGUUCCGAAGGAUAACCAACCUGCUUAUGUGUCAGUGGUGGAGGAUAUGUUCAUUGGGAGGCGGGAGAAUUUUGUGGCUAAAGAACGGCUUUUAAGUCUGUGGCGACUUUGGUCACCAGUACUGAAUGACCAACACAGCAUCACACCACGUUUGUAUCAACGCAAUGAGGAUCGGUCACUCAACUUUAAACUGACCUCAGACGGUCUGCAAUAUAUAUUUUCUGAUGAGGAAAAUAUAAUUGUGGAUGAAACCUUUGGUCAGCACUUUACAUCUCUACCUGCUAACUACCUUGGUCAUCCAAUAGUGGUUAAAUCUACAGAGGAUUCACUCGUUCAUGCUGUUGCUGAAGUUAUAGUCAAUGCUGUUAAUGAAAGCUUGAAGGUUAGGGAUUAUGUCAACAUUGCGUUUUCAGGUGGAAAAACUCCUAUAAAAUUAUUUCAAGUUUUAGCUGAUAGACAACCGCCUGUUCCUUGGGAAUUUAUCCAUAUUUGGCAAGUCGAUGAAAGAUGUUUCUCUCGUCAACUUGAUGAAUCAAAUUUUAAAUCACUGCUUGAUAAUCUAAUCAAACAUAUCCCCAUUCCUUACCUACACAUCCAUCCUAUGCCAGUAGAGGUCGCAGGUCGUGUGUGCAGUCCUGAUGAUAGAGGUAGCCGUGUUUAUGAAGAAGAUAUCCAACAUUACAUCCCUGAUCUAAAGAUUGAUGUAAUCGUUCUUGGAUUAGGCUCUGAUGGACACACUGCUUCACUUUUCCCAAACAGAUCACAUGAAAACUCAUCACUUAUUUCCAUGGAAACAAAAAAAUCAAGAAUGACUAUGACAUUACAGUUACUUAAUAAGGGGAGACAAGUAUUAGCUCUAGUGACCGGUAAUAAAAAACAUGACAUAUUGAUGGCACUUCAAGAUGAUAAGAAAACUGCCUCAGAGUAUCCGAUACUUGGAAUAAAACCAGUAUUGGGCAAUUUUACCUGGUUUGUAGAUUACGAUGCAUGGUUUGGUAGUAGAUAAAAUUAACAACGAAGGAUUUUUUUCUGUGACGCAGAUUUAACAAAUCAAGAUUGAAUAUAUUUGAUUUCUAUGAUAUUGUUAUUUUGUAUGUGUAACUCCUUUCAAGAAAUAUUUCGCAUAAAGACAUUCGCCAUAAUAAUGCACGAGAGACUAGGAGAAUACCUUGGUGCCAAUUGAGCUAAAAAUUAGUAGCCAUCUUGAACAAAGAAAUACAUUUUCGACUUGUGCUGUUGAGAUGAAAAUUAAUCAAAAUAUUAAGGGAUAAAGUCCUCAAAUUUGGGGGAUAUUUUUUAAUUUUUUUUUAUUUUAGUUAGGUUUUUCCCCUUCUUCCAAAGAUCAAUAUGACAGACAUGGCAGUCAUUUUGUAACAUGACUGCGCAAUCUGGUUUCCCGGGAACAAUAUCUAUUUUUAACAGCUUCUCGUAAUUCACCUGUCGGAUGUAGCUGAAACUUGGUCGAAGUGAUCCUCAGAUGGUGCUUACUAUAUGCUGUUAAUUUUUGGAUCAGUUCAAAACAAAUAUGGCUGCCAUGUGAUCUGUCUUUUAAAAAAAACACGUUUUAAACAUCUUCUCUUGUUUUACUGGUGGGAAUGUCAAGAAACUGAAAUAAGAAUGUGCCUUUACUGGGCUAAAAUAUUCCUGUUUUUAUGAUUUAAUAAUUGUUUCCACUGGGACGACUGUUGUUACCAACGAAUCAUGCUUUUAUAGUCAGACGACCAUAAAGGUCCGUGGGCUUCUUGUUUUAUAUAGAUAUUGAAUGGUUUUAUUUUUCAAAAGGAAGAAAUUAAAUGUUUUCUAAGGAGAACGAACUCCCUAAAUCAAACAUCUCAGGGAUCUGUAUUGAAAUUUUGGGAAGAUAUUGGUGGUUUUUUUAUGUGAUUUGAAAAAUUGAUAUGUAGUUGUCAUGAGUGUGUUAUAAGGUUUUGUUGUCAGUGCUCUUGUUUUAACUGAGAGAGAAAGGCACUUAUUCCAUAGAAACCUCAGUUCCCUAUAUUGGUCUGGUAUGUUCUGGGUAUCCGUGUAUAAUUUCAAGCUUUAGAAUUGCAGUUUUGUUGUAUAGAAGAUAUUCUUUGUUCCUUAAUGAAUAAAUGUGACAUGUCACCUUUUGGGUUGAAAACUACCCGUUUCUGUAAUACAUCUCCUAAACACAUCGAUUCAGUGCUCUAGGUGGGCUUUCUGCUAUGGAUGAGUUUUGCAGUCUCGUUCUUUCUUUCCUUACCAUGGAAACAGAGAGUCUUAUCCACGGAUUCUAGCAUUUUCAGAACAUGUUAUCUCCAAAUUUUAAUCAUCACUUGUGUUGCAUCGUUUAGACUGACUCCUAGUUACUGUGGCAUUCAAAAUUUGUAAGAUACAUGAAAUAGUAAUUUGAUUUUUAAUUCAUACCAUUGUGCAUGAUGACCUAAUUGUCAAUAUAUUUUAAAGUGACACAGUUUGUGACUCUUUGACGUGACAAUAUUAUGACACAUUUUUAAAGAUCUAAUAUUUCUAAUCAGAAUCAAUGCAAAAUAUUUCUCUAUUCCAUAAGCUAAAUGAUAUUGUCUAAAACUGUUAAAAGUUUAUGAACACCUUUUGUGACGUCACUUUUUCCGGAGCUUGGUAAUACGUUUCGUUUUUAUGAUAUGUUUCCUACUUCCCAUUACGAAGUUGACUUUACGCCUAGGCGUUUUAAUAAGGUUUACUAUUUACAAGAUAAAAGCUUUGGAUAAGUAUGGUAAACUUUUCGUAGUGGAAUUAGAUUUAUUAUUACGAUCGGUGUAUUAAAUAAUGAAACACGGUGGUUGCUCAGCAGCGGUAUAAACAGGGUUGUCGGUGUGAUAAACUUCAUUACGUUGUUUUACUUUGUAGUAAAGAUCAUGAUUAGCAUUAAUUAUAUAGAACGUAAAUGUACAAUCAGAAUUUGAGAAAUAUAUAUUCUCU